UUCAUUCCAACAACAUUGACCCUUGAUCCAGGAGUAACCAGACCACCUCCUCUUCUUAGUGAAGCAGAUUUGCUGAGUUGUAUGGACAAGGAGGGCAUUGGUACGGAUGCUACAAUGCAUGAUCACAUCAAGAAGCUGCUUGAACGGUUUUAUGCAACUAAGGAUGCUAACAUGCGUUUCACACCAACUAAUUUGGGUGAGGCACUUGUUAUGGGAUAUGAUGACAUGGGGUAUAAACUAUGGAAACCAUAUCUGAGAGCAGUUAUGGAACGCGACAUGAAAUUGGUCAGUGAAGGGAAUAAAAGCAAAGGUGAAGUCCUGCAUACUAGCUUGCAGCAGAUGAGAGCUUGUUUCACAGAUGCAAGAUUAAAUAAAGUGAAGCUUUUAGAAGCCAUGACAAUAUUUUUCGAAAGAUCAAAUAGAGUUGGCAAUGAGCAUCAAAAUACAACCGUGGAAGUUGUUCGGCGGUGUGGACUUUGCCAAGAAUCAGAUAUGGUGCUAAAGAAAAAUCGAGAUGGCAAAUUUAUGGUUGGAUGCUUGGGUUAUCCUCAGUGUAGAAGUGUUGUCUGGCUCCCUGGAUCAAUAUCAGAAGCGGUUGUGACCACCAAUACUUGCAACAGUUGCACUCCUGGUCCUGUUUUCUUAAUUCAAUUCAAGUUUCGGCAGCUGGAAAUACCACCAAGCUACAAUGUCAACCAUUUAGGUUGCAUUGGUGGCUGUGAUGAGAUUCUUACACAGUUGACAGAAAUAUGUGGCACUGGCUCUCGCAUGCCAGCAAGAGCUCGAGGACCUACUCCAGCAACCGGAAACACCGAUCAUACCAACCCAAGGCAGUCAGCUUGUUUGCACUGUCAAGAAACAGGGCACUCUUCUAAUGAUUGUCCUUCACAGACUCGACGCUUCAGGAAUGCUCAACAACCUGAAAUGAACCAACAAAGUGGAGAAUCUUCUGUUUCAUGCAGCUCAUGUGGAGCACCAGGUGUUUUGCGAACUGCAAAUACAGCAAAUAACAGGGGCAGGAGGUUCUACACAUGUCAAUCACAGGAGUGCAGCUUCUUUGUAUGGGAGGAUAGCCUCAAUAAUGGCGGUGGAGGAAGAGGUUCUGCACGUUCAAAUAGUAUUCCAACAUCCACCCGUGGUCGAAAUCGUGGUCGUGGACCUCGUGGUAGGGGUCGGAGUGGAUCUAAUUCUUCUAGCGGGACAUUUGUGACAGCCACUGGGGAUCCUAUUUCUGGUAGAAGGUGCUUUACCUGUGGUGAUCCAUCCCACUUUGCUAACGCCUGCCCCAAUCGUGGAAACUGA